AUGGAGGAAGUUGCUCGAUCUCCUCCAGCUGCUACAUCUAGAGCUGCUUCAUGUGUAUAUGGUACACCAUCGGAAACUGUACCGGCAGAUACGCCUACUCUACAUGGAUCUAGUACAUCCUCGACUACCACAUCUGGAUCAUCUACAUUUGCUACACCUCCGAUUGAUAUAUCUAGAACUGCGUCAUCUAGAUCGUUUGGGUAUGGUACACCAUCGGAAACUAUGCCAGUAGAUACACCGACUCUAUCUGGAUCUAGUACAUCCUCGACUGCCACAUUUGGAUCAUCUACAUUUGCUACAGCUCCGAUUGCUACAUCAAGACCUACUUCAUCUGGAUCGUUUAGAUACGGUACACCAUCGGAAACUGUACCAGUAGAUACACCGACUCUCUUUGAAUCUGACACAUCCUCGACUACUGCAUUUGAUACUGCUUCAUAUGCAUUUGCUACCUCUACACAAUCUUCCGCUGCAAAUCGUGCAGUACUAGCCACUGAGAUGGCUAAUGCAAUUAACAUGGAGAAAGUUACUCGACCUGAAUUAGCUAAACACGAAUCAUCGAUUUUAGAUCUUGUUUUUGUUAUGGAUUGUACUGAAUCAAUGGGAUGGUAUAUUGCUAGUGCUACAGAUAAUAUACGUUCAAUUGUAGAAGAAAUAGUUGUCAGCGAAAAAAGUGACAUUCGUUUGGCACUCAUCGAAUAUCGUGAUCAUCCACCUCAAGAUCAUACGUUUGUUACACGUGUGCAUGAUUUUACUGCUAAAGGUAAUGAGAUGAAAGGUUGGUUACAACAAUGUCAAGCAGAUGGAGGUGGAGAUGGACCAGAAGCUGUGGCUGAUGGGCUUCAUGCUAUUCUUAAACUAUCAUGGCGUGAUGAAUCAACAAAAAUUUGUAUUUUGAUUGCCGAUGCUCCACCUCAUGGACUCGAUCCUAAUGGCGAUGGUUUUCCUAAUGGAUGUCCUUGUUCUCUUGAUCCUGUGCAAACUGUUCGACAAAUGGCAGAAAAACACAUUACCCUUUACUCUGUAGGUGUUGAACCUUCUAUCACACCAUAUCGUGAGUUUUUUAUGUCAUUGGCUUAUACUACCGGUGGUCAGUAUGUUCCAAUGAUCAAUGCCAAACUUUUAGCUAAAGUGAUCAUUGGUGGUGUGCGUGAAGAAAUUUCCUUAGAUCGAUUAAUGCAAGUCGCUGAAGAGGAUAUUAAUCGUGAAAUGGAACGAGCAGAAGCAGAAGGUGUUGAUGAUAAAGAGAAAGUCAAGCGAAUCAACAAUAUUUUUGCAACGAAAAAUCUUUUUUCGACACAAAUGACAAAUAACUUUGGAAUGACGUCAACUUCUGCCAAGGCAUAUUCUUCAACUUGUCAAACUAUGGGUGAAAUGCAGAGUGCAUUUGGAUUUGGUAUGCCAUCGAAAACUGGACCGGCAGCUACAUCUACUCUAUUUGGAUCUAGUACACCCUCAACUACCGCUCCAUUUGGAUCAUUUGCAUCUGCAAACAUACAAUGUCCAUCUGGACGACAAGUUUUAGUUGAUGCAUUAACAAUCGUUGGAUUUGCAAAAACAUUCGUAAAUGGUGUCAAGAUAAAUGGUGUUCCUACCCAAUUAUCAACCGUAUAUGGUGUAUUAUUUCCUGUUGGACAAAUAUCUUGUGGUUUGCCAAAUGGAGAUGGUGGAUAUUGUGAAUUACACAAAUGA